CACAUUCCAAAACUAUUCCAAAACUCUCAUCCUUACAGUUGCAUUAGAAGAGAAGAAAAUGAACGUCGAAGGAAAGGUGGUCUGCGUCACUGGAGCUUCCGGGUAUAUAGCGUCUUGGAUUGUUAAGCUAUUGCUUCAACGUGGCUACACCGUUAGGGCCACCGUUCGUGACCCAAAUGAUCAAAAGAAAACGGAACAUCUUCUCGCACUUGAUGGUGCAGAAGAAAGACUCAGCUUAUUCAAAGCAAAUCUUUUAGAAGAAGGCUCUUUCGAGCAUGCAAUCGAUGGAUGUGAAGCUGUCUUCCAUACCGCUUCACCGGUUUUGCUCACUGCCGAGGAUCCUCAGGCUGAGCUGAUCGAACCAGCAGUCAAGGGUACUUUAAACGUCCUAAAGACUUGUGUCAAAAUGUCUUCUGUCAAAAGGGUCAUCUUAACAUCGUCCAUGGCUGCCGUCAUUGCUCAUGCGUCCCCCACUGGACCAAACGGCGUAGUAGAUGAAACCAUGUUCUCUGAUCCAAGUUUUUGUGAGCAGAGAAAGCAAUGGUAUGCACUCUCGAAGACUUUGGCCGAAGAUGAAGCAUGUAAGUUUGCCAAGGCCAAUGAAAUGGACUUAAUCGUAAUGAAUCCAGGACUUGUAAUUGGACCAAUCUUGCAGCCAACUCUUAAUUUCUCCGUAGCCGUGGUUGUUGAACUUACAAAGGGUAAGGAUCCUUUUAUGAGCAAAAGUUAUAGGUUUGUGGACGUGAGAGAUGUUUCUUUAGCUCAUAUCAAGGCACUUGAGACUCCAUCAGCCAAUGGUAGAUAUAUCAUUGAUGGUCCGGUCAUUGCGACAUUAAAAGACAUUGAGAAAGUUUUGCGCGAGUUCGUUCCUGAUUUGUGCAUUGGUGAUGAUAAGAACAAUGAAGACAUUGAUCUUGAUUUAGUGACAUACAAGGUGUCUGUUGAGAAAGUGAAGACUUUGGGAAUUGAAUUCACUCCUACAGAAACAAGCCUUAGAGACACUGUUUUCAGUCUGCAGGAGAAAUGUCUUCUGUGAUUCUCUUCGUUGUUUUAUUGUACUUAUUAUUGAUUUCACUAUUACAGUGACAUGAAUAAGUAAUUUGUUUUAAAAAUAAAGAUAUAAACAAUCGCAUUGCCCCAAAACUAUGUUAUUUACUGGUGUCUUGUGCCAUCCCCAAUCUUUUUAAUCCGAACUUCUCAACACAAAACUGUAUUUUAAAAAAUAUAUAUUAAAAUUUUUAUUAAUAUUUUUAAUAAAUUAAUUAUUAAAAUUAAUAUCAAAUUUUCUAAAAGAAGAGACUUUAGUAAGUGUUCCAAUUUUUCAAAAUACCAAUAAAAUAUUAAUAAAUUUUUUGUACUCAUAUUUAAAAAUUAAUACUCCAUUUAAAUUUGGAAAACUUAAUGACAAUCUUAUUAGAGUUUCUGUUUUUGCUAUUCUAAUUUUUUGUGUCGUGAUCUCUAUCCGAAUUUUAAUUAAUCUAUUUUAUAUAAUUCUUUUCUUCUAUUUUUCGUGUUUAUUACAUUUUAGAUCUUAUUGGAUGAAGGCACUUGUUUUGCUCUUAUUUUAAUUGAAUAAAUUGUUGAGGUGUCGUGAGCUCGAGGUUAUCAAGUAACGUGGCAAAUGCGAGUUUCGCCGUUCCCAAGGCAAUGCAAUACAUUCUGUUUGAAGUUUCAACCCUCUCUUCUGGUUUCUUUUUCAAGAUCCAUACCAUUUCAAACUUGUAAGAAAACUAUUCGCAGCUGGGAGUCUAAAGUUGAUGGGGAUAAUAAGCAUUCAGACAGCGAUGGAUCUGAUCGUCGCUGGUUUCUCUCUGAUGAUUGGAUUUGGUAUCUUUGCUAUCAUCGCCUCUGUCCUCUGCUCUGUCGUUUUCAUCCACCAUGUCAGAGAGGUUCCUUCUAACCCCUCCCUUUUAAGUUCUCGCCGGGGAUAAACAUACGAACAAUGAAGACAUUGACCUUGAUUUAGUGACAUACAAGGUGUCUGUUGAGAAAGUGAGGAGUUUGGGAAUUGAAUUCACUCCUACAGAAACAAGCCUUAGAGACACUGUUUUCAGUCUGAAGGAGAAAUGUCUUCUGUGAUUCUCUUUGUUGUUUUAUUGUACUUAUUAUUGAUUUCACUAUUACAGUGACAUGAAUAAGUAAUUUGUCUUAAAAAUAAAGAUAUAAACAAUCGUAUUGCCCCAAAACUAUGUUAUUUACUCGUGUCUUGUGCCAUCCCCAAUCUUUUUAAUCCGAACUUCUCAACACAAAACUGUAUUUUAAAAAAUAUAUGUCAAUAUUUUUAUUAAUAUUUUUAAUAAAUUAAUUAUUAAAAUUAAUAUUAAAUUUUCUAAAAGAAGAGACUUUAGUAAGUUUUCCAAUUUUUCAAAAUACCAAUAAAAUAUUAAUAAAUUGUUUGUACCCAUAUUUAAAAAUUAAUACUCCAUUUAAAUUUGGAAAACUUAAUGACACUCUUAUUAGAGUUUCUGUUUUUGCUAUUCUAAUUUUUUGUGUCGUGAUCUCUAUCCGAAUUUUAAUUAAUCUAUUUUAUAUAAUUCUUUUCUUGUAUUUUUCGUGUUUAUUACAUUUUAGAUCUUAUUGGAUGAAGGCACUUGUUUUGCUCUUAUUUUAAUUGAAUAAAUUGUUGAGGUGUCGUGAGCUCGAGGUUAUCAAGUAACGUGGCAAAUGCGAGUUUCGCCGUUCCCAAGGCAAUGCAAUACAUUCUGUUUGAAGUUUCAACCCUCUCUUCUGGUUUCUUUUUCAAGAUCCAUACCAUUUCAAACUUGUAAGAAAACUAUUCGCAGCUGGGAGUCUAAAGUUGAUGGGGAUAAUAAGCAUUCAGACAGCGAUGGAUCUGAUCGUCGCUGGUUUCUCUCUGAUGAUUGGAUUUGGUAUCUUUGCUAUCAUCGCCUCUGUCCUCUGCUCUGUCGUUUUCAUCCACCAUGUCAGAGAGGCUCCUUCUAACCCCUCCCUUUUAAGUUCUCGCCGGGGAUAAACAUACAAAACCAGAUUGAAAGGGGAGAAAAGAAGAAAUUUGCACAGAAGCUUCUUCUCUAGUUCUGCUUGUACGUGAAAUGCAGAACAAAAAUUGUAAUCCAAAUUAUAAAUAAAAAUUACAAAUAAGUUUUUUUUCGACAAUUACUAAGUUAGAACAUCUCUAGAAAUGUAACGUGUGAUUUACGUAAUUAAAUAAAUAAAACUUGAUGAGUAAA